GAAAAAAAACCGCGGAUCCAGAACGUGGCCCGGGUUGACCACGUUCUCCACUUUUUCCCCAAAUCUAAAACCCUAAAUUCUCAAUUGCCGUCGCUCUCGUCACACUCUCCGUUCACUCCACCAGCGAAAAUCCCCGUUGAAAUUUCUGUGCUUACAAUGGAGUUUUCCUUACAAGACGACGAUUUUGGAGGAGAUUAUUCCGCUGCUGCAAAUGCCUCCAGGGCUUCAGGUAAUAAAAGAAGCUUCGGUGAUCUUGAAGACGAUGAAGAUGAUAUCUUCGGAUCAAAAAAGGGUCGAACUAAAGUGGAGGAAGCUGCACCUGGUGUUGCUACUGGGAUGAUUUUGUCACUCCGAGAGAGUCUUCAGAAUUGUAAAGAUGAUCUUGCUUCAUGUCAAAAUGAGCUUGAAUCAGCCAAGACAGAGAUUCAGAAGUGGAAAUCAGCGUUUCAGAACGAGUCCUUUGUUCCUGCUGGAAAAUCUCCUGAACCUAGAUUUCUGAUUGACUAUAUUCAAAACCUAAAAUCGUCUGAGAGAUCUUGGAAAGAACAGUUAGAAAUUGCAAAAAGAAAAGAAGCUUCUUGCAUUGUACAAUAUGCAAAACGGGAACAGGAAAUGGCAGAGUUGAAGUCAGCUAUACGCGAUUUGAAAUCUCAACUCAAGCCAGCGUCAAUGCAGGCGAGGAGGUUGUUGCUGGAUCCAGCAAUUCAUGAAGAAUUUUCACGCCUGAAGAAUCUAGUUGGGGAAAAAGACAAGAAGAUAAAGGAACUCCAGGAUGAGAAUGCAGCACUUGCUUUUACUACUCAAGGCAAGAUGGGAAAAAUGCUUAUGGCAAAAUGCAAAACCCUGCAAGAGGAAAACGAGGAGAUUGGGCACCAAGCUGCUGAAGGAAAGAUUCAUGAACUAGCAAUGAAGCUUACACUGCAGAAGUCUCAAAACGCAGAGCUUAGAAGUCAAUUUGAAGGACUGUUCAAACACAUGGAUGAAUUAACAAACGAUGUUGAGAGAUCAAACGAAACGGUGAUAAUAUUGCAAGAGAAAUUGGAAGAGAAAGAGAAGGAGAUAGAGAGAGUAAAGAAAGGUAUGGAAAUUGUUGUGCCUGAUGUUGUAGCAGGUGACAACAAGAAUGAUGAAGUUGUUGAAAUUGAUGAAGAUGCCAAAGAAAUUGAUGGUGGAGAAUAGAAUAUUAGCUUAUCAAACAGAUGUUUUGUACAUUUUGAAAGUUUUAAAAUCACAUUUUAAUUUCAUUUUAUAUCUCUGCAUCUGUUAUUGUUUCAGUGCUAA